GGGGACGUUUGCCCCGAGGCCUCCGACAGGUCCGCACGACGGCGUCCUCGCCUUGGAUCCUUUCGGCAGCUCGUCGCUCCAGCUCCCACCUUCAGUCUGGUCCCAUCCCGCCGUUGACCCUGCAAACAGUAAACGCGAUCUUAACUCUCGUUUCAGGGCCUAGAUUUUGCUCAGUUGGCUCAAACGCAGUCCUCUGAUGAAGACUCUGAGAUGUGGUCAAAAGCCGCGGAAAAACCAGUGGCUCCAAUUUGAAAAUCACUCAGACGUUCGUGUUAAAUAUCCCCGUUAACUGUAAUUAAGUAUCAAUAUCACCAUCCUCUAUUGAUCAGAGUGGAAACUGAUCAUUGCCCCGCCCCGAAAGUGCGCACACGCUCACCUGGAGUGACGUCAGGGAUUCGGCCUGCUGGCCGGCACUGGUAUUUUCAGGUGGUCCAGCUCCUUCACCGGAGACACGAGGAGGAGGAUGGCGUGUGCGCGCGCCGGAGCGACAGCGACAGAUCAGGUGUUCAGGAAGCUUGUUCCACAGGUGGGGAGCACAGAAACUAAGUGCUGCUUCAUCUUGUUUGGUUCUGACACCGGGAACCCCGAGUAGACCCGUCCCAGAUGACCUGAGGGUCCGGAUGCUGCGUAACGUACAACAUCAGCCGUGACGUCACACGCGGCUCCGUCCAAUCAGGUCGCAGCCCUCGCCCUCAAAAACCCGUCCACACUGUGCCCCAGCAGGUCAUACAGUCAGAGUCGUGGUCUUCGUCGUCGUCAUCCACACUUCAGCCUCUCUGAUGGGAUUUGGCGAAGGAGAAAUGUCACAUCGUCAGAAUCAUGAGACCAGCGCCGUGCUCAGAGUUUCCCGCCUGCCUCUGGUUCGCUCGGCGUUGCAGUCGGUGACUUCAGCGUACUCGGGGGUCAAAGGUCGUUACCCUCUGCUGGGGCUGAUGGGAGGAAUGGCUGAGGUUGGAGUUCGCAGCGUCUCCCACGUGGCCAUGAGAAGAGCCACGCCCCUCCUUCAGAGGCUGGAGCCACAGAUUGAAGUUGCCAACAGUUUUGCUCUGGUUGGUCUCGACCGUCUGGAGAAGAACUUCCCCGUCCUGUACCAGUCAACAGACGAGUUGGUGGAUCACCUGAGGGACGCCCUCUUCCUGACCUUGGACGACAUGCAGCUGUGGGCGGUGGACGGUUUGGACGGAGCUCUGGAUCAGCUGGAGCGUCUGGCCGAUGCAGUUUGGAUGGCGGUGCAGCUGCUGCAGGACUCUCAGGUGGGCCGAGCUGCCACGUCAGGACUGGACGACGUGCUGAGUCGUCUGGAGGACGCCGCUGCCUACUACCUGCCCCUCCCACCCAUGCUGCGUCGGGAGUGGGAGACGAGGGUGCGGGAGUACGAGGAUGAAGAUGAGGACGAUGAGCCCAGUCUGUGGACCAGGGUCCGCAGUCUCCUGCUGACCCUCAGCCUGCAGCUUUAUCACCGUGUGACGAAGGUCAGACAGCAGCUGCAGAAAGCCGCCGGGACGCUGGGAGACGCAGCUGACGAGGUGGGUCUGGGCACGGUCCUGGAGAUGGUUGGGGAGCUGCUGCAGUACCUGCAGACCCUCCUGGUGGCCCUGCUGUACCGAGCAGAGGGUCUCAGAGAGCAGACCCUGAGCGGGAUCAGGAGCCGGGCCGCCGUGUUGGCAGAGCUGAGUCCACUCCGUCAGCUCAGAGAGCUGCCGGUCCGGCUCCAAAACCUGCUCGGAGACCUGCGGGAACUGUCCAAGCUCCUCCUGCAGCUGGUGAUCAACGGCACACCGCUCUACAACAUGCUGCAGCAGCCGUCUGACCAGGAGGUGGAGGACUUUCUGAACCGGGAGGACUUUACUUCCGACAGCUCGUCUGGUCGCGGCUCGGCUAACAGCCUCUUCCUGAAGGCGAUGGAUGGCCGUUCUCGCCGCCGCCGGAGUCUCUACUCCCGCGCCGCCCGGGGCUCUGGGGACCCCCCCGGCGGCCAGCGCUCCAGCCCGAAGGAGCCCCCGGCCCAGGAAGUCGGCGGCCCGCUCGUCCCUUCCAACGGCAGCGUCCUCCGGCGGCCGUCGGCCACCGAGAUGCUCCUCUCGCCGCUCAGACAGUUCGUCUCUCAGAGCCAGAAGGCCUUCGAGUACCUGAGCCCCAACUCCCUCGACGACGUCGCCAAUGCCACGGCGACAGCCGACUGAGGUUUGACCCCGCCCUCGUCAACCCCUCGUCGCUACCGCCGGUCCCGACCCCCGACCAAUCCCAGCCUGCCGUCUCCGCCCCCGAUGAUCAGCCGUUUCUGCCUGAGCUGGUGUCGGUUUGUGCGUUCGCUUUAACCGACAGAGCCGUCGUGAAAUUAGUUUAAAUCACUGAAUUUCCCCUUAAAAAUUGUCUCCAGUACGUACAUUUGGUUUCAUUCAGAGUCCAGCUACGUAUUUAAUUCAUUGUACUUCACAUUGCACCUAUUUUACAUGUGAGUCAAUAAUAUACAGUGUUGAAUAUAUGACGUCAAAUUCCCAUAACACUGACUUUAAAAGAGCAGCCUCGAGGAAAAAUCACAUCUCAGAAAACACAUCAGCCCUUUUGACAAAAUAUUCCCAUCAUAAGAUGCAGUUUGAGUAGAGGAUGAAUUUUUUCCCCCGGUUCGUUUCUGAGAUGAAGACGUUGGGAGACGCUGCGAACUCCUUUUCACUCGUCAUGAAUCUGUUUAAAACAGAAACCCCUGCAGGUUGACCUGGACUAGUCAAACACUGAGGGACUCGCUAUAAACAGACCCGAAACACUCGCUAGGCCGCGUUACACCGAUGCUCUGUCUCUCCACUUAUAAAGACGAACUGAAGUUGAGAACAGGUAAAUGAUCCUGUUCUCCAACAUAAGACGAGACCGACAUUUUCUAUCCUCAUUUCCAGGGAAAAAACAUCCUGUUAUGUUUGGGUCAAAGCGGUACUUGCUUUUCCAGAGCUUUCAGCCACUUCCCAUGGCCUUUAUCAGGAGAUCAUUCAUUCGUUAUAGAAAUUCCAUCCGGUGGUGAGUCCAUGACGCGUGACUGAAAGCUCUGGAAGUCCGAUUCUUUUGGUGAAGAGCAAACCUUUGAGCUGAAUGUAUUUGUUUUCUGAAAUGUCGUUUUGCUCCUCAGAGCCACCGAAGGUGUUAACGGCGAUGUUUACAGUGAUGAACACGCUGCUGCUGCUGCUGUUGUAUUUCACAGACACGUCGAAGGUUUUGGUAGCAAGGACUGGACCUUUGAGUUUUAGGACGACUGCGUGAUGAGUCAACAUGAGCUUUGAAUGUUUAAAAAUGUUAGUAGUUACUUAAAUUAUUCGUUUUUCUCCCUUUGGGAUUUUAGUUUAACCUCGUUUAUUCAUCUUACGGAUAGAAAAACGAAAUCAAGCAGGAAAAACAUUCAAAUAUUGUGCAGCUUUCCGACCAGUCUGAUGUUCUAAUAAAGCUUGUUGGACUCUGCAGCUUCA